GUAUGUUAUUAUAAUAAAUCUUAAAUACAGAUAAAAUAAGAGUUAGUAGAUGUAUAUUUAAAAUAGUGAACACAACAGUAAACAUUGAAGGAACAGAAACAACUAAAUUUCUUGGGAUACUAAUUGACGAAAAUAUAUCUUGGAGAGCCCAUGGUUUCUGGAGUGCGCAUUUUGUAAAUCAGAAAUGCCGAAGGUAAAUAUAAUAUUCAAUAAACUCAGUGAAUUCGCCCGCUACUUGCACAUCAUAAAAAAGUAGCUAAACAAAAUGGCGGUAACAUCUGAAUUUGGAGAAAUGUAUAUGCACUUGUAAACUUUAUUAUAUUAAAAUGAUUUUAGUUAAUUUUGUUAUUAUUUGUUUGUAUUGUGUUUGCGCCCAACCACUUAAUGGGAAAACUGCCAAAAAAGGAUACGAUGAAGUCGAAUACGAUGUCACUCUCCUUAAAAGCCCAAUUACAAGAAAAUACUAUGUAAAACCAGAAGAACUUCCAAAAUAUGAAGAGCAGUUUAAAAAAAUAAGGAAUCUAGGAGAGGAAAUUGAAUGCAAACUAACAGGUAUAUGUCCAGGUAAAAAAAGAGAAAAAAUAAUUCCUAAAGUUGCUUCAAAAACUGAACAUGUCAAAGGGAAAAAAAAAACAUUUAAUCCUAUGUUUGAUGACGAGCAAACCGAUGAUUUACAACAAGAGAGUCAAAACCAGUUUAUGAAUGAUGAAAACAUGAACUCUCCAGAAUAUGACCCAUCCCAUAGAGGUAACAUGUUCAAAAAUCAUUCGCCAAAUUCACGAAAAACUAAAUCAGUUCAGUAUGGAUUGCAGCCCAGUUUAGAUAUGGAAAGAUUCAGGGAUCAAGGGAGUUAUACUCAGCAGGCGGAUGCUGCUCAAUUUGGUCAGCAACCUCAAAUGGAUUUGAUUAUGCCUGAAAAUAUGCAAGAACAAAACUUUGCAGGGCAAGAAAACGUACAAGAACCAAAUGGCAUAAAUGGUUUUAAUGGCAGGAACGCAGGAAGUAUGCAGGGGGACGGUUUACUAGGAAAUGGUUUUAAUGGCAAGAAUUCUGGCAACAUGCUAGAGGAAGGUUUACCUGGAAACGAUGAACAAGGUGGAAGAGAUAGCAACGAGGAAAUAACCAAAUUUCAAAACCAACGCAUGGAAGAUGCAAUUCACCAAUCUGUAGCUGAUCGGAUGAACUACUUGUUACCAUCGUCUAAAGGACAGCAGAUAACAGCCAUGAGUAGAGGUUUGGAAGAUGAUCCUUAUGGAGAUCUAGGAGAUGGUAUGGGAAAAGUUUUUCAUAGUUAUCCUAAUCAGAUUGAUUUAUCACAAGACAGCUCUGUUACUGAAGAUGAUAUAAUCAAAAUAGAAGCUGUACAGCCAGGUGAAAUAGAUAACCUGCAUCGCUUUUUAAAAAAAUCUCAAAAUAGAUUUAUGGGUGGCGAUAAGAACCAGGAUAAUGUAUUGAAUGGCAAAAACACAGAUCAACUAGGGUUGGACAGAUUCGGAGACUCUUCUUAUGUUAAUUCACGACCACCAUCUCCAGAUUUUGUUGAAGAAAAUGCAAAACUGGCAAUGCAGACCAAUUCAGACUAUGAAGUACCCAGUUCAGCAUUUUCAACAUUAUGGAAAAGUUUUCUCUUGACAACUCAAAGUCAACUAGGGGAGAAUGAUCCUUCUGCAAACAGUCGAGAGGGAAUCAAUAAACCUCACUCAAAGCAAAAAUCUAGAUCUCCUCAAGAAAAGGCUAAGAAAGAUCCAGAAGUUCGACACUCAAAAAAAUCCAACGUAGGUAAAAGAAGUCUUGAUAAAAACCUAACAAAAAGAACAACAGUACCAAACCAAAAGUUUAUGUAUAUACCACUCUACGUUGUAAAAAACUUAUUAGUGCAUGCAAAAGUGGCUUCUAGGCCUGAGAGCGAUGUAAAUAACCGUUUAGAGAAAAAAACUAAUACAAAAUUGACUGAUGGCAUGCCAUUUUAUAUUGAAACAAAACAAGGAAAAAGAUAUUUAGUAAUCAAUCCAAAUAGCCAAUUAGUUAAAAAUUCAAAUAAAUUUUUAAUAAAUUUAGCAGGUACAAAAAAAAAUAUUUUGUCUACAACUAAUAAUAAAAAUAAUUUUCAGAAUAAUUUUAUAAAUCCAAUUAAUAUGGUUAGUAACCAACUUAGUUCUCUCAAUAGUAACUUACUUCCGUUUAAACACGCGUUUAAUUAUCCAUUUUACAGCUCAUCAACUCAAAAUGAGUUAUUUCAGUCUCAACCAGAGUUACAACAUCAAAUUCAAUUAAAAAGUCCUUUAAAUUCAAAUGUAGGUUUUCUUACUGAGCAAACAGAAAUGCAGGGAAUGUCAAAACAACCAAAUAGUAUUGCAGAUCAACGACCCUUGGUAAUUAAUGGUUUUAAUGUUCUUCAAGGAGAAAUAAACCAAGAAGGAUUGUAUAAAGGUUACGUAGCUAUUCCUUUUAGUGCACAAUUAAGUAAGGAACAAAAUGCUUUUACAGAUUUUCGGUUUGAAAAGUCACCAUCUUUAGAUUAUUCGCACGAAUUAUCAGAAGGUUUAAAUAGCUUUGAUACUUUUGAAAAAAUUACUGCAAAGCAACCCACAGUUCCAGGGUAUUACUAUAAAGAUCCUGUAUAUGAUCCUCUUACAAGUGAAACCAUUUUUCAAGACGAGUCUAAUCUACCAGAUCCUCGAAUUUUUAAUGUAAUAAAGCCUAAAGCAGAAAAGCAAGAACUCAUAAAAAGUUUGCGAUUUGCAAAAAUUAUUAACCAAUAUAAUGCACAACCUUCUGCUGAUAAAGGAGAUAGCACAUUAGGUUAUUUUUUAAAUCAACAACGUAUACACAAUUCUGGUAAUAAAAAUAAGUAUCAAAAUGAAAACAUAAAAAAUUCUCCUUACUUAUAUAAAAAAGAGCAUAUUGGAUAUCAACCACUCUCAUUUGAAUCAAACUCUGAGAAAGUGCCAUUAAAUGAAGCAAUAAACGACGAUAACAAAAAAUAAUUUUUCUAUAGUUAUUUAUUUGAUUAUUUUGCUAACAUUUUGUAUCUAUAUACAUUUUAUGCAUAAAAAAUUGGUGAUUUGAAUAACUGAGUCAAAAAGUAGGGAAUAGAACAAUAAAAAUAUACAAUUACAUUGCUAUAAAACAGAAGAAUUCUAAAACAUAUAUAAAGAGCAAGUUUUAUUGUAUCUUAUAGCUGACAAAUAUGUUUGCGUUCUUUUUGUUCCA